UUUUAUGCAUCAAAAUGAAUAUUAGUUUAUCAGAUAAUUUAUUGACUUCAGAAUUAGAUGAUCAGUUGGUUAGCAUUUCUCAUCCUCAUCAUCAAUUUAAUUCUAACAAUACUGUGACUGUACAUGUCAGCCAUAGCAAUGAGUUCACCGGGCCAACAUAUUUUACUACUACUAAUGUAUUAGGUAACAUUAUUACACACAACUUACAACAUGUAACAAAUUCACAAAAUGAUAAUAAUCAUAAUAAUAAUAAUGAUAAUAAUGGUGUUUUACUCGAUGAGCACAAUGUUAACCACCAUGUUGAUGAUGAAAAUGACGAUAAUCUGUUCGAUGAUUUAUCCGCUGCAAUCGAGGCGAUCAAUGAAGCGAAUCGUUUAAAUUCCGCAUGUGAUAAUGAUGUUGAUGAUAUGCAUGGAAUGUGCUGUGAUGAUGAUGAUGAUGAGGGCGGAGUUUUAGUCUCCAAUAUAAUGUCAUCAUCAUCAGCAGCAACAAUGCAACAUCGAAAUAAUGUUCCAGCUAUUACAACUUUCCGUUCAAUACCGUCAUCAUCAUCAUCAUCAUCAUACCAUUUUGUGACACAUCCAAUAUUUGCUAAUAUUCCUAUCACUACUACAACCACAGGUGGUGAUAGUGCCACUGCAAAUCAAGUAACUUUGUUUAAAUGUGAUACUACGGAUGAGAAAAUUGAAGCGAAUCAAUAUUUACAUGAAAAUGAAAAUGUGGCUGAAAAACCAGAUCCACUUGGUACUAGUCAUAUUAUACCGUCGUUAUUGACAACUUCAUCAUCUCGUUCCAUGAAUUCAGUUCAAUCAAGUUGGCGGUUAUUAUUACGUCCAAUAUUUGAGAAAGCUUUAAUUGAACGAUUAUGGACUAGUGGGGAAUUAGGUUCAUCCAAUGCACACUCUUUAUUGUUAUCUAUGUGGUUUUAUAUUUCACGUCAUUUCGGUAUUGGAUGUCGUACAGAUCAUGCUAAACUUGCUUAUGGUAAUAUUGUUAUAGGCGUGAAUUCAACAACUGGUGAACGUCAUUUACAGUUUAGUAGUCUUCCACAUGGAGCUGUUUCAGUUGGAACAUUGCGAAAAGUAUCAAAGAGUAUUAAAGAAUUUGCAUCUCCAGUGAAACCACGUCAACCAGAUAAUCUUCUUCCAGAAUGUCUUAACAAACCUGAUCGUUGUCCAGUACGUUUAUUCGAAGCUUUCUGUUCACAUCGUCCAUGUUCAUCCAAUUCAAUUGAAUCACCAUUCUAUUUACAACCGGAACGAUGUAGUUCCAUCAUCCAUGCACCAAUGAACAAUCCAACCUGGUUUACAUCGAAUGCACUUGGUAAAAAUAAAAUUGGUUCAAUGUUAAAUUGUGCAUUACAAAAUAUCGGUAUGCCAGUUGGUCGACAAGUGAAUUUAGGCCGUUUCUGUGAUGCAUUAAUUGCUGCAGCAUUUUCACAUUCUGGCGGUGGCAAUGUCGGUGAAGCAUUGCGUAGUUUAUUACUGCUGAAUUGUCGAUCAAAUAAUCAUCAUAUACCAGAAUCAUUAUUACCAAGUAUUGCAUUGUAUGCAGAGAAUAUUGUACAAAUGUCCACAACACCGAAUUCAUCAGUUUAUACAUAUUUAACUAAAAUUUGUUCAAUGAAAGCUGUGAAAAAUGUUAAAAAAUCUAGCAUAAAAUUAACAAAAAUCUCAACGAAACUAUCACAUUCCAUGAAUAUAAAUGCUAAUAGUAAUAACAGUAAUAACAGUAAUAAUAACACUAGUAAUAUUAAUCAUCAUUCAAUCAAUUUUUCUAGUAAUUCACCUCUAACUACUACUACUUCUAUUGCUUCUACUUCUACUACUGGUACUGUGACUACUUUUACUACUGCUACUGCUACUAAUCCAAUCAUUCAUAGUUAUAAAUCUGUCAAUCUAGUCAGUGUGAAUCAUUUAAGUCCAUUGUCAACUACUACUACUACUACUACUACUACUACUACUCCUACACAAGGAAUUGUUUGUAAUCAUUCGAAACAGACAAAUCUUUGUUACAA